CGUGUGGAUUUUUUGUAGCGUCAAUUUCUCCCCCCCUCUCUCUCUCUCUCUCUGUCUCCCUAGCUAAACAAACCUGGACAUGGCGUCUCCUCCAUUUUUGAACGAAGAAAAUCCCGGAGCCUCUGAUCGUUUGGUCAGACCUUUUUCUUCUUCUUCACGACGACUCUGCUCGCCGCUCGCAAUCUAAACAGGCCCAUUUCCUACAUUUGCUUUCCCUUUCUCUCCCAUUUCCUCAUUUUUCACCAUUCAUUUACGAUAACCCCCCCUCCCCCUUUUUCUUUUCUUUCCAUUUUUUAAUCUCAAACUCUACUAUCUAUUUUGUACUAUUUUUCAUUAUUUUCAUUCUUCUGCCUGGCCAUUUUGUUGUAAUUAUCAUUCUUUUCUUGUAGAUUUUCUCCUUAUUCUUUGAAAUUCGAGAUCUACGGCACUUUUUCCCUGGCAUCUCAUUUCAUUUAGCAAUUCUUGUAAUUAUUUGUGGAAAUUGUAUUGAAUUCUUGAAAAUUUCGAGAAUCUACGAGUUUGAUUUCGAAGGAGGAUUAGCUUAGGGUGGGUGCAAUUAGGUUUUCCAAAGUGCAUGCCUUUAGGAGCGAAAAAGAAAAAAAAGGGGUUGAGUUAGAGUUAGGAUUAGGGUUUUGUUCGAGGUCUCUGAUCCGAGCAAUCACACACGCAGCUGGAGCUUUUUGAAUGCUCUUAGCGUUGAUUGAUCUGAUCUAUUAGGAUGUUGGGGAUUCAGAAGAGGAAUAUCAAUUAGCAUAUUUUGAUGGGGAACACAUGUGUAGGUCCAAAUCUUAGUGCUAAUGGAUUCUUCCAAUCUGUUAGUGAAGCGGUUUGGCGAAGCCGGCCACCGGAGGCCCAGCUUCCCCCACCCAGUGCCGAAAUGAGCACCAAAAGCAAUGCGGAUUCCCCUGAAGGUUCAAAUGCUCCCAAAGUUUCCGAUCCUCCAAUGCCAGUUCAGAGCACACCGCCUGAGCCGGUGAAGAUUGCUGCCAAUGAGCAAGUUGAACCCAAAGAACCCGAAAAACCCAUUAAGCCGGAGGUGAAAGAGGAGGGGAUUAAGGCUGAGAAUGCUGGGAAACCCAAGAAACCCACCCAUAUAAAGAGGUUGUCAAGUGCGGGGCUUCAAAUGGAAUCGGUGUUGGGGAGGAAAACAGAGAAUUUGAAGGAGAAGUAUACAUUGGGGCGGAAGCUUGGACAAGGGCAGUUUGGGACGACGUUUCUGUGCUUAGAGAAAGGAUCCAACAAAGAGUUUGCUUGUAAAUCUAUCGCCAAGAGGAAACUGACCACGCAAGAGGAUGUGGAGGAUGUUAGGAGGGAGAUUCAGAUAAUGCACCACUUGGCGGGUCAUCCCCAUGUGAUACAAAUCGUGGGUGCUUAUGAGGAUGCUGUUGCGGUUCAUGUUGUUAUGGAACUUUGUGCUGGUGGGGAACUUUUUGAUAGGAUUAUACAGAGGGGGCAUUAUACGGAGAGAAAAGCGGCCGAGCUUGCAAGGAUUAUAGUUAGUGUUGUGGAAGCGUGCCAUUCUUUGGGUGUUAUGCAUCGGGACUUGAAGCCAGAGAAUUUUCUCUUUGUCGACCAGGAAGAGGAGUCGCCACUUAAAACAAUUGACUUUGGGCUUUCGGUGUUCUUUCGGCCAGGUGAAACUUUCACGGAUGUUGUUGGAAGCCCUUAUUAUGUGGCCCCAGAAGUGUUGCGGAAGCAUUAUGGUCCAGAAUGUGAUGUUUGGAGUGCAGGGGUGAUAAUUUACAUCUUACUUAGUGGUGUCCCUCCGUUCUGGGAUGAAUCGGAGCAAGGAAUUUUUGAGCAAGUCCUAAAAGGCGAACUUGACUUUGUAUCAGAACCAUGGCCUAGUAUAUCAGAAAGUGCAAAGGAUCUGGUUCGAAGAAUGCUUGUAAGAGAUCCAAAAAAGCGGCUUACAGCUCCUGAAGUUCUUCGCCACCCAUGGGUUCAGGUCGAUGGUGCUGCUCCUGAUAUGCCUCUUGAUUCUGCUGUUCUUAGUCGCUUGAAGCAAUUCUCUGCCAUGAACAAGCUCAAGAAAAUAGUCAUCAGAGUCAUUGCUGAAAGUCUGUCUGAAGAGGAAAUUGCAGGUCUGAAAGAAAUGUUCAAGAUGAUAGACACAGAUAACAGUGGACAAAUCACCCUUGAGGAACUGAAAAACGGUUUGGAAAGAGUGGGAGCUAUUCUCAAGGAUUCUGAGAUUAGUGGACUAAUGCAAGCAGCAGAUAUUGACAACAGUGGUACCAUAGACUAUGGCGAGUUCAUAGCAGCAAUGCUCCAUCUAAACCAGGUUCAGAGGGAGGAUCAUUUGUUUGCAGCCUUUUCAUACUUUGACAAAGAUGGGAGUGGAUACAUCACUCCAGAUGAACUACAACAGGCCUGUGACCAGUUUGGCUUGGAAGAUGUUCACCUAGAAGAUAUAAUACGUGAAGUCGACCAGGAUAAUGAUGGGCGCAUUGAUUACAGUGAGUUCGUGGCUAUGAUGCAAGACACUGGUUUUGGAAAGAAAGGCAUACAAAAUAACAUGAGCAUUGCAAAACAUUUAAGAGUUAAUAUCUGAUCCCGGCCGAAUGACGAAUCACCAAAAAGAAUCGGCGCAUGGUUAAUAUAUAAUCUCUAGCUAAUAUUUUGCUCUUUCAUAGCUUAACAAAAUUUGAAGCGCAUAGUGUUGUAAAGAUCAGCCAGCCUUGGGGCUUCAGAGUGGGAGAGGGUGAGUCUUUUGCUCAUUUAUUAUAGUGUUUUCUUCUUGUAUUUUCCUUUUCAGUUUCCAGUUGAUUAAUAUAUUAUAUUGGAAUAGUUUGAUUUU